CAUAAUCCAAUCCCCGCAGACACACACACAACACACUCUCACUGUGUGAAAAAAGAAAACUGAAAUUCCAAAAAACUCCCUGGUUUUUCAUUUUUUUUGUUCCAUUCCACCGGUUUACUCCGCCGCAACUAACAUAAAUCAUGGCCGGAAAACUACUUCUAUUAUUCGCCAUAUGCCGUCUCAUCGUCAUCGUCGGCUUAACUCUAAACCCCACCGUCACCGACCUCUUCCGCGUCGGAAUCGACGGCAAAUUAAGCGUCGACCCACACGACAUCAAGGCGGCGUCCAUGGACUUCGGUAAAACAACUCGUAACGAACCGACUGCAGUUCUCCAUCCGGCAACCGCCGACGACGUCGCGAAGCUUGUUAAAUUAGCUUACCAAUCGCCUCAGGGAUUCUCGGUGUCGGCAAGAGGCCACGGCCAUUCCAUAAACGGCCAGUCUCAGACGGCGAACGGCGUCAUCGUUCAAAUGAGUAGAUCCGGGAGAAACCCCGCCGUGCCGGAAGUUUGUGAGAAGAAGAUGUAUGUAGACGUGUGGGGUGGGGAGCUUUGGAUCGAUGUGCUCAAGUCCACGCUAGAGUAUGGACUCGCACCUAAAUCGUGGACUGAUUACUUAUACCUUUCUGUUGGUGGUACACUCUCUAAUGCAGGAAUUAGUGGGCAAGCAUUCAACCAUGGCCCUCAGAUUAGCAAUGUCCAUGAGAUGGAUGUCGUCACAGGAAAAGGCCAAGUAUUGACGUGUUCGAAUGAUAAAAAUCCCGAUCUGUUCCAUUCUGUAUUGGGUGGAUUGGGACAGUUCGGGAUUAUCACUAGGGCAAGAAUCGCCUUAGAACCUUCACCUCAAAGGGUGAGAUGGAUUCGGGUUCUUUAUUCGAAUUUUUCAGCAUUUACACAUGAUCAAGAAUAUCUUAUAUCGUUACACAAUCAACCACAAUCUGAAAAGUUCGAUUACAUCGAGGGUUUUGUUAUCGUUGAUGAAGGGUUGAUCAACAACUGGAGAUCAUCUUUUUUCUCCCCUAAAAACCCUGUAAAGAUCUCAUCUCUUGGAGCUGGUGGAAAUGUCUUGUAUUGUUUGGAAAUCACCAAGAAUUAUUAUGAUUCCUCGAACCCAGAAUCCAUUGAUCAGGAAGUGGAAGAUUUGUUGAAGAAAUUAAAUUAUAUACCAGCUUCAGUUUUCACUACUGAUCUUCCUUACGUUGAUUUCCUGGACCGGGUCCACAAAGCCGAGUUGAAGCUCCGGUCCAAGGGUUUAUGGGAGGUACCCCAUCCAUGGCUUAACCUGUUUGUACCCAAAUCAAGAAUCGCUGAUUUCGAUAAAGGAGUCUUCAAGGGCAUUUUGGGAAAUAAAACUAGUGGCCCCAUCCUCAUCUACCCCAUGAACAAAAACAAGUGGGAUGAGAAGUCAUCGGUUGUGACACCCGACGAAGACGUGUUUUACUUGGUGGCAUUGCUUCGAUCUGCAUUGGAUAACGGGGAGGAGACAUUGACAUUAAAGCAUUUGAGCGAAGAAAAUCGUAAGAUUUUGAAGUUUUGUAAGGAAUCAAACAUAAAAGUGAAGCAAUAUUUGCCUCAUUACACAACACAAGAGGAGUGGGUGGAACAUUAUGGAGAUAAAUGGCAACAUAUUUAUAGAAAAAAGAUGGAGUUUGACCCUAGGCAUAUUCUUGCCACUGGUCAAAGGGUAUUCGAGCCUAGGUUUGGUUCCGAGGUUAGGUCGUGGUGAGGGAUGAUUAGAGGAAAAUGAUAGUAGGAUAAUCGAUGAUAGUUACUGACCUCUUAUGUACAUAAGGCUCGAUCUAAUGUUAUAAUAGAGGAAUUUAACCAGUUUUUUCGUCUUUGAAAGUAUAUAAGAUGUUUAUGUAGACCGU